AUGAAAACUUAAACAUCCAAAAACUCACAUCGAUAGAUGUUUAUCGUUAGAAAUGAGUCAGCAGCCUUAUCCAGAAAACCUCAUUUAUAUUAAUCAUCGCCUUAACCGCCUAUAUAAUUUAUGAUUCAUGGCAAAUCUCUUGCUCCAACUAAAUUUAAGCCCUAAAACAAACCAACUCCCAAAGAAAUUAAACUAAAGUAAACUCUGAAAUCUGUACAUUUUAUAUCCCUAAUCCACUUAGAUCAAAUUUAAGUUGCAAUCUUUGAAAAUUGAAUAGUCAUAAAUUAAGAAAUAAGUCAUUUAACAAUCAUAAACUUUCAGAUCUCAUUUGCAAUAAAUAUCUUCCACUCAAGAAUUAAAUAUUAAUGCAAUGCAAUAAUGUUUUAAAGAACAAACUAAGUAUCCAUUUAUUUCUAAAUUUUUUCCAGGUUCUUUUAACAAGAUAUUUCCAAACUCAAAUAAUAAAUCGAAGUGAUAAACUAUCAAGUUCAAUUUUUACAAUGA